AUGAAAGUAGUAAGUACCAGUUUUGUUCUUGUUGCUGAUCUCUGGUCAAGACCCCUUAGUUCUGUACCAAUUCAGAUUAUGUUUCUCGGUGGAGCCGCUGCCCCGUGUAGCUCUGCACCUUACAUACUUUCUGGUAUAAAACUCCAAAAAGAAUAUUUUAUCUCUGACACAAAUGGAAUGCGAUUUAAUAUUACAGCGACAGCUGACUGUUUCAAUGAAACAAUCGUCUCAUUAAACGUUACUGGUACAGAAGAUAUUAUUAGCGGUCCAAUAAUUCAAUAUCCAAGAUUUAAACAACAAGUUACACGAUUAUUUACCUACAAACCUCAAGAAAGUCCCACUUGUUCAUUUCGAGGAGAUGUCUGUUUUCAAGCAGUAACAUCGCUUAAUCAAUCGAGUAACACAUGUGUGGUUUUAUUUACAAAUAGUACCACACGAGGCUGUUCCGACGGUCCACAAGCGUUUGAACAACAUAAACCGACAAUCAAUUGGUUAUAUCUGACAUUAUCGCUGAUUGGUGGUCUUCUGCUGUUGGGAUUAUUAGUCGGAUGUAUGAUGUGGUACUAUGGUUUAAUAGCAAAACGAAAAACGGAUGUUGAGGAAGAAGGGUCAAAAUCGGCUAGUUCUGAACGAUCCGCAAUGUCUGCUGGUACGCAUAUGUCCAGAGAGUCAAAUGUGUCUCAUGGUUCGAAUCUCUCUUCUGCAUCAUCGUUGGUCUUGUCUCGAUUAGACAGUCAUCUCGAUUUAGCGGUGGCUUCCGAUCCUCCAAAACAAGGUUUGCUCGAUUUAUUAAGGCGACUACGUUCAACUCCUCAAGAAGAAUUGAGAAUUUUAUUACUUGGUUUGGACAAUGCUGGAAAAACCACACUGCUUAAAGUGCUUGCAGCAGAAGAUAUUUCUAAUAUAACACCAACUCCAGGAUUCAAUAUCAAAAGUGUAGCAUCAAAUGGAUUUAAAUUAAAUGUGUGGGAUAUCGGUGGUCAAAGAAGAAUUCGUGGCUAUUGGCCACAUUAUUUUGACAAUACGGACGUAGUAAUUUAUGUAAUUGAUAGUGCCGAUAAAAAACGUUUUCCAGAAACCAGUGAACAAUUACUUGAAUUAUUAGCCGACGAAAAAUUGACGAAUGUACCAUUACUUAUAUUUGCUAAUAAACAAGAUUUAUUAAAUGCCGCAACAUCUUCUGAGAUUACCGAUGGGCUAGCAUUAUAUACAAUACGAGAUAGAGCAUGGCAAAUUCAAGGAUGUUCGGCUUACACGCAAGAAGGAGUUAAGACCGGUUUGGAAUGGGUGUACAAAACGGUUAAAACAACAAAAAAUACAAAGAAGUAG